CUCAUUUAGGUUUAGUCAUUUAUCAAAGUAUGGCGACUAUGUAUUUCACCCUCUCUAUUCUACUAACUCUCCUCCAUCAUUCAGAGCCCAGUGCUGAGACCUCUGUGUUUGUGCAGAAGGGACAGGAUGUUCGCCUGAAUGUCCAGACACAUGUUACACUGAAAAAAGAUGUUGAUGUGAUAUUUUGGAAGUUUAACACAUUACACAAUGUUGUAAAGUACCCCGCAAAAGUUACCUUUGAAAGGUACCAAGGUAGGGCUGAAUUGAUUGCGGGAGACUUCUCUCUGCUACUGAAGAACCUACAGGAAGGAGACAGUGGACUUUAUGAUGCAGUAGUGAGUGGUAACAAUGACAGAAACGUUGCUACAUACUUGAUAAAAGUCCAAGAGAGAGUUGAGCCACCAGUCCUGACAGUGGACUCUCUCUCCUCCAUCAAUGGCACCUGUAACGUGACUGUGACCUGCAGAGGUCAGAACAUCUCUGUCAACUCCAGCUGUAACAGCAGCACCUGCUCUCAGGUGGGAGAGAGUAGAAGGGCUGAGACCUCCACUGUCCCCCUGCUCUCUGUCUAUGUGGCAGGGGGUUUCAUCAUCUGUAACCACAGCAACCAAGUCAGCUGGGCCAACGACACCAAGGAGAUCAAAACAAUUUGUCUGGAAAAAGAUUUUGAUGUCACUGUAAUUCCAAAACCAGAGGGGGACAAAGAGGACCAUAACUACGCUGUCACAGUCGGGAUGCCAGGCCCCAUCAUCCACGUCAUCAUCAUCUUUGUUGGAUGCGCCUUGAUUGGUUGGUGAAAGCUAAAUAAAGACUCCAGGUAACAGUCAUGUAGGCGGUGAAGAGCAGGAAUCUCCAGGUCCAGCAUCACCCUCCAUCUACAGUAUGGUGGGACUACCCCAACCCCAGCCUAUGAACCAUUCCACCAUGAUGGGAGACCAGUCUCCACCUGAGGACUUCCCCAUGACCUCCAUGACCAUGCCUGAGAGUUUAAAUGCUACUGUAUGGUGGGACUACCCCAACCCCAGCCUAUGAACCAUUCCACCAUGAUGGGAGACCAGUCUCCACCUGAGGACUUCCCCAUGGCCCCCAUGACCUCCAUGCCUGAGAGUUUAAAUGCUACUGUAUGGUGGGACUACCCCAACCCCAGCCUAUGGACCAUUCCACCAUGAUGGGAGACCAGUCUCCACCUGAGGACUUCCCCAUGACCUCCAUGACCUCCAUGACCAUGCCUGAGAGUUUAAAUGCUACUGUAUGGUGGGACUACCCCAACCCCAGCCUAUGAACCAUUCCACCAUGAUGGGAGACCAGUCUCCACCUGAGGACUUCCCCAUGGCCCCCAUGACCUCCAUGACCAUGCCUGAGAGUUUAAAUGCUACUGUAUGGUGGGAAAAAUAGAAGCAAACAAUAAUCAGGAAUUUGAACAUCAUCUUAGACCAGGAUUCUAUCACAUAGCUUUUUGUCAGCUAUACACCUUUGAAGGCAAUGUUCCCGCGUUCACUGAGAAAACAUUCAAUUCAGUUCAGUCGGGAAAUUAUGUUUAAAUGUACAUAGCUGACAAACCAUGAUCAAAUUGAAUCUUGGACUAAGACCGCGGAAUAUCCGUGCUGUAGCGUGAUUGAAAUUGAAAGGCAAUGUACCUGCUUGUGUGGGGACUGCAUCGGUAAACUCUGCAUAUGUCGGCUCAAUCAGAAAUGACCUUUACAUUUCUAUCGUGCUACAAUUCUGAUAUUCUUCCAAACAACGAUCAACUACAGAUGAAGGAUGUUAAUUUGACCACACUGUUGUUGCAGGAAAUGCAAAAUUGUAGUGUAUUCGAGGUUUAAAAAUGCUUCUAAAGUUUGGAAUUUACACUUUAAAAUAUCAAACUUGAUUUGCCAAUACAAAAAAUCUAAAACCAUUCAUUAUAUCCCCAUAAUCCUGAUGCUUCAGGAUAUUUUCCUCCUGUGAGAAACUGGUCAAAUUAAGAUCCUACAUCAGUCUUUGAAAAUGUUAAAUAUAUAUAUUUUUUCCUUGUAACAUUUUUGAACCAUCAUGACAGUAGUAUGCUGUAAAAGUACAGAAAAAUAAGUGAACAUUUCAAAUUAUUCAUCAUAGUGGGUAUUAAACAGAAACACAUCAUUCAUCUUAAUGGGUAUUAAACAGACACACAUCAUUCAUCUUAAUGGGUAUUAAACAGAAACACAUCAUUCAUCUUAAUGGGUAUUAAACAGAAACACAUCAUUCAUCUUAAUGGGUAUUAAACAGAAACACAUCAUUCAUCUUAAUGGGUAUUAAACAGAAACACAUCAUUCAUCUUAAUGGGUAUUAAACAGAAACACAUCAUUCAUCUUAAUGGGUAUUAAACAGAAACACAUCAUUCAUCUUAAUGGGUAUUAAACAGAAACAAAUCAUUCAUCUUAAUGGGUAUUAAACAGAAACACAUCAUUCAUCUUAAUGGGUAUUAAACAGAAACACAUCAUUCAUCUUAAUGGGUAUUAAACAGAAACACAUCAUUCAUCUUAAUGGGUAUUAAACAGAAACACAUCAUUCAUCUUAAUGGGUAUUAAACAGAAACAAAUCAUUCAUCUUAAUGGGUAUUAAACAGAAACACAUCAUUCAUCUUAAUGGGUAUUAAACAGAAACACAUCAUUCAUCUUAAUGGGUAUUAAACAUAAACACAUCACUCAUCUUAAUGGGUAUUAAAUAGAAACAAAUAAUUUAUCAUAGUGGGUAUUAAUCAGAAAAAAAGAAUGUAUCAUGGUGGGUACUUAACAGAAACAAAUGAACCAAAAACAUGUGAUACUGUACAGUCAGAUAUUCUUAUAUCAUAUUAUGCUGUGCAUUAUACUAUGUCAUGUAAUGCUAUAUUAUGGCAGGCCCUAAUAAUAUGCCUUGAAAUGUUAUGCUAUCUUACAUUAGGCUAAAGACAUGCUACGGUACUUUGGCGACUGGUAAGUGUUUUUUUCCUUUGGGCUGUAUGUUUCAAUGUGUAGUUCAUACAUGCAUAAUCUAUACGCAGAAUUAACGUUUUACCUCAAUAAGCAGCUGUUUUCUGGAAGCUGUGCGGCACCAUUUUCCCUACAUUUACCUCAACGUGCGUCAGCCCGGUAGAAAUUCGCGUUUCAGCCGAUGAGCUUCAGCCCCUUGCCAUUUGAGUGACAGCUAGCAAGACACACACACACACACACAGCAGAGCGAGAGAGAGCAAUGAAGUGUUACACAUAUCUGCACAUUUGUGGCGUAGCAUGCAAUUUUCAGGUCCCACUUUUGGCUUGUGAGCGUUACUUUCAGAACUACUUCCUAAAAAAUAUAACAAAUAAAAUAAAAAAUAUCUAAGGUAUGUUAUUUAUAUAGCAACAAAUGAAAAGAACAAGUAAAUAUUUUUGAAAACUUUUUAAAUGACCCAAUCUGGUUUACAUGUGCAGGCAACAUCCUUCUGUUUCUGUGUACUGUACAUUGUUACAUAAAAAGGAACAUCAUCUGCUGCUGUAUGGGGCGGCAGGGUAGCCUAGUGGUUAGAGCGUUGGAUUAGCAGUCGAAAGGUUGAAGAUUCAAAUCCCCGAGCUGACAAGGUACAAAUCUGUCGUUCUGCCCCUGAACAGGCAGUUAACCCACUGUUCCUAGGCCGUCAUUGAAAAUAAGAAUUUGUUCUUAACUGACUUGCCUAGUUAAAUAAAGGUAACAAAUUAAAAAUUCAUUGUAAAUAAUAUCGUCACUGUGGGAAGCCCUGUCAAUUGUAAAAAUACAAUAAACAUAAUUCUGUCA